AGAAAAUAUUCUUUUUUAGUUUUUCAUUCUUUUAUUUCAAAUUAUUUUUUAUCUUUUAUAAAAUUACAGUUUAAAUUCAUAUUUUUAUUUUGAGUGAUAUUCGUUUUAGAUUUCCGACUGAUCCGCUUCUGUUUGCGAGAUGGACGGAAAAAAUUAGAUUAAAUAGGAACGAUGCAAUAUGGAAACCGACUAAACAUAGUCGAAUAUGCUCUCGCCAUUUUUAUGAGCAAGUAAAGUAAAUUGUAUUUGCGGAACACAGGUGUUACAGUUAAGGUCUGUAAAAACGAAACGCAACUGUCACUGUCGCACUUAUAUGGAAGACUGACAGAGAGACACAAAGCGUUUCGUUGUCGAAGCAAUAGCGAUUGCAACCUUGGCUGGGCCGGCAGGUACAAUUACUAGUACUGACGAUAAAUAGUUAUUUGUUUUACAAGAGGGAAAGUUGUUGUUUAACCGCUCGUGCUAAUUAGCAAUAUUAUCGAGCUAGAUAAAGAUCCCAAAAUUUCUAAAAAUGGAAUCUUGAGCGUUGCGAGGGUUUCAAGUUACGAGAGAAACACAAAACUUUUCACCACACCAACCCGAAGAAAAUAUUAAAUGUAAGAUAUCAAAUAAAAUCAAACCAAAUCGAAUCCAAAUGAUCGUCAUUAAAUAUUUAUCAUUUAAAAUCAUUAUUCCAAAGUCAAUUCUACCAGCUAUUAUCUGUGCACAUUUGUAAAAUAAAAAAAUAAACGUUUUUUAUUUAAACAUUAUUUCACAAAGUACAGAAAUGCAUGCAGUCCUUAAAAGAAACCUUGAAAGCUUUUGCUAUAAAUUUAAUAUCUACAUACACACUCCCAAAUGAUUGAUAGCCAAGUAUAAGGAUGUGGUUAAAAUCCAUCUACUUUAAGGGGGAUAAAUGAACUCUGGCAACCCAUUUUUGUACAUAUGUGUGUGUCGCUGAGCGUAAGACACGAGCGUCGCACGCACACAUCGAUCGUGUUUCGGCUUCACUUUUGGCAGAUUAGCCUUAUGAGGACUGUCUAUGUGUGAUAGGUCAGUGUGUUUGAUAACAACAUGUUAGCAAGAAAAUUAAUAAAUGCCAUGUAAAUAUAAAAAAAAAAAUUAGAGUUAAAGAGAAUAUAUCAAUCACUACAUAGUACGUAGUGUUACAGUGUUUCGUGGCGUAUAAAUAGUUAUUGUUUGAUUGUUACUUUUCGUAGUUAAGAAGUUAAGUGCAUGAAAGAAAGUUUGUGUGUUUGCUUAAGUUUGUUCUGGGGCUUAUAUUGAAGUAUUCAGACACAUGGAACACCCACUAUUAAGAAUAUGUUCUAAAACAAUAUUGGACUAUUUCAAUGAGGACUGCUGGAAUCUUGUACUGGGCUAUGUGCCUUUGCAGGAUAUUAUUCGAACAGAACGUGCCAGCAGGCAAUGGCAGAAGAUGGUGCUCACUUACUUGUCACACACUCGUAUUUGUAUAAAAAUGAAUUAUUAUCGCAUCUGGGAUGAUAAUGAGGUCACAGGGGUAGUUCAGAAUGUCCGUUGUGCCUUUCUAAGGGAAACUUAUAUGGCAUCAUUUAAGAGUUGGACAUGCAAAUUGGGAACAUCAGUGGUAGCUGGUUACUGCACUGAAAAAAGUUUUAAUGUCAUUGGAGAAAACUGCCCUAAUUUAGAAGGUGUUACGUUUCUUAACAUACCUGAAGAAUUGUUAUUGAACAAUCAGUAUGAAAACUUCCGACGCCUAGAAAGGCUACGUUUUAUAGACUGUUUUUCCAUGACAGACAACUCACUCAGCCAAUACAUAGCUAGCCCCGUCUUGGAGGAAUUGUUAAUUUUCUUUAAUGAUCAAGUAACUGGUCAAUGCUUCACAAACAUUCGAUCACCAAAUUUUAAAUCCCUCGACUUCAAAUAUUGUAAAGCUUUGGCAUGUCGGCUUUUGGCUGUGGCAAGUCACCAUUUUAGCGAAUUGAGGAAGCUGGUGCUUGAGUGUAUUAAUGCUGUUAAUAUAGAAGGUGAUUUUAGAGAAAAAGAAGAACCAUUUGAUGCCAUGGUGUUAGUGCUAGACAAGACAACAAAGUUAGAAUACUUAUCUACAUGGGAAUUUGGGAGGUACCUUGACAAUUUCUUUGAGUCAGUAUGCCAAUUAAGCUGUUUGAAAGAGCUUGAGAUAGACACAUAUGGAACGGACAAGAAUAUUGCGGAAGUGGCGCGGCGCUGUCCGCAGUUGCGAAUCUUGAAGUUCCAAGCCUGUAAUGAGCUAACCGGGCGCGGGCUGCGGACGGCGUGCGUACACGCAGGCGCGCGGCUCACGAACCUCCACAUGCCUCAUAACAAACACCUCACAGACAACGACGUGGAGGCCUGCGUUCGUGCCUGUCCCAAUCUCAUGGAGCUGAAUGUGCAACACUGUUCGUUAAUAACGCGAGAUGUGUUGCCGCGUGCAGCGGCCGCGCGUCGCGCCGUUCGCGCGCAUCCUCCGCUGCGCCUGCUCUGGUCAGUCUAUGAUUUGCGCCGCAAUGAUCCUGUAAGACCAAUCAUAUUCCGUUUGCAUACAUUUAAAGUCCGACAAUCAACAACACUUUACCCUUGAGACAAACAUCUUACUAUGCUUAGAAAUAUGUAAAUGAAAAGUGGAAAAAUUCACUAUCGCGACCAAGACUAGAACUCGCGAAUCUGGAUCACUAGCCCAUCCCUCUGCCAACUGAGCUACGGAGACUGCAUUCGAUGACAGCGAAUAUUUCCACCAGGCGCACUAUAUUUUUUAUAAUUAGUAAUUACUUUUCAUAUAUUAUAGUUUUAUACAACGUGUCCCAAAACUCAACGAUAAGCCGGCACCAGAGGAUGGAGCUGCUUAUGAUUAGUCGAGAAAAAAUAAGGAAAAAAAUAUAUCUCAAUUAUUUUAGAAAUUACAGAAAAAAAAUGAAAUUCAUUGAAAAUCGACAUCCCUAAUGGUAUUUUUAACGACCAUGUCUACAAAUAUUCAAAUAUUACUGUUUUUUAUUUUGUUUUUGGAAACUUCAGUAGCCCUGCUAUCUAACACAGUUCUUAAAAAUACCAAAAUACAUGUGGUUUUUACACAAAAAAUAAUCAAAAUUCAUUUUGUCCCUACAAUUUUGAAAGAUUGUUUCUUACAGUCCACUUUCAAUCAUCAUGGUGUAAAAAAAUUGUAUCGACACCACUAUGGCAAUUAUUUUCAAAAGUUGACGCAACUAACCAAGAUUCCAAAAUGGUAUAAUACUUUGGGAAACCUAGUCACAACAAAAAACAACGAAUUUUUAAACAAGAACCGACAUUUUUAAAUGUUGAUAUUAAUCACUUUUGAAAAGGGUUGUUGUUGCAAGUUUUAAAAUUUCAAUGGAAAAUGUGGGUAGUUAAUACAAUUUUCAAGUCAGUACACUCUGAUCCUUUGUUCGCUGUGCACCGUUCCGUAUUAAUUGAUGUGGCUCUCAUACUAACAACUCUUGGCUUUGCUUUUUGGACUGGUGAUCUGCAAACUGUACUACCACACACACAUUUACAGACAGAUUUUUAUUUAUU